UUUCAAAGCAGCACUCUGCGCCGACCUCCCCCCGGAUUCACCUCUAAUGUGCAACCAUGUUUCGGUCUUUGAGAGGCGUCCAGCAGCUAAACUGCAACCGCGUGACUUUGCAAAAGCUCAGCGUUCACUCCAAACUGCCUUUUAGCUCUUCCAGAAUGGCCAGCUCGGAGUACCGACUCGAACGGGACACGUUCGGCGAGCUCAAGGUCCCAGCGGACAAAUACUACGGCGCUCAGACGGUGAGAUCUACCAUGAACUUCAAAAUCGGGGGACCGACUGAGAGAAUGCCGCUCCAAGUGAUCAAGGCCUUCGGUAUCCUGAAGAAAGCGGCUGCAGAGGUCAACAAGGAGUUCGGCCUCGAUCCCAAGAUAGCCAGCGCGAUCUGCCAGGCUGCCGACGAGGUGUCAGCGGGCAAACUGGACGAUCAUUUCCCUCUGGUGGUGUGGCAAACGGGAUCCGGAACUCAGACCAACAUGAACGUGAAUGAGGUGAUCAGCAACAGAGCUAUUGAGAUCCUGGGGGGCAAACUUGGCUCCAAAGAUCCCGUCCACCCCAACGACCAUGUCAACAAGAGUCAAAGCUCCAAUGACACCUUCCCCACUGCCAUGCACAUCGCAGCGGCCACCGAGGUGCACCAGGUCCUGCUGCCUGGUCUCCAGACCCUGCAUGACGCCCUGGCUGCCAAAGCUGAGGAGUUUAAAGACAUCAUCAAGAUCGGACGAACGCAUACUCAGGAUGCUGUCCCGCUGUCACUCGGGCAGGAGUUUGGUGGCUACGUCCAGCAAGUCAAGUACAGCAUUGAGCGAGUGAAGUCGGCUAUGCCCCGCGUGUACGAGCUGGCGGCAGGAGGCACAGCAGUCGGAACGGGACUGAACACUCGAAUUGGCUUUGCUGAGAAAGUUGCAUCCACAGUGGCUUCUCUCACGGGUUUGCCAUUCGUCACCGCCCCUAAUAAGUUUGAAGCCCUGGCAGCCCAUGAUGCUCUGGUGGAGCUGAGCGGAGCUUUGAACACUGUGGCUGUCAGUAUGAUGAAAAUCGCCAAUGACAUCCGCUUUUUGGGCUCCGGUCCUCGCUCGGGUCUGGGAGAGCUCAUCUUGCCAGAGAAUGAACCAGGAAGCAGCAUCAUGCCCGGAAAGGUGAACCCCACCCAGUGUGAAGCCAUGACCAUGGUGGCAGCUCAGGUGAUGGGCAACCACGUGGCAGUGACCAUCGGUGGAAGCAAUGGACACUUUGAACUCAACGUCUUCAAGCCCAUGAUGGUGAAGAACGUGUUGAACUCCGCCAGGUUGCUCGGUGACGCAUCGGUCUCCUUUACCAACAACUGUGUGGUGGGCAUCCAGGCCAACACGGAGAGAAUCAACAAGCUUAUGAAUGAGUCCCUGAUGUUGGUGACUGCUCUCAACCCACAUAUUGGCUACGACAAAGCUGCAACAAUCGCCAAGACCGCUCACAAAAAAGGUUCCACACUGAAGGCCAUGGCUGUGGAGCUGGGAUACCUCACAGAGGAGCAGUUUGAUCAGUGGGUGAAGCCCAGUGAGAUGCUGGGUCCAAAGUAAAUCAUCAAUGGCACAGAACACAGUGAACGACGAGGUUUUCUAACAUAAGUGAACUGUCAAAACAACUUUCAGAAAGUGGUUAAUGGUGUUGUUUUUUUCCCUUUUAUUAAAAAGAGAGAUUCAUGAAUUUGGAAGCAGUGAAAAAAAUUCAAUUAUGUACUUCGUUAUACUGAAACCACAUGGUGUUGUGCCCUAAAUGACCACCCUGAUCAUGUCACACUCAGAGACCCAUUUUGUG